AUGCGGAGUCCGCAAGGGACGAUGUCCAUCACUACCAUCAGCUGUUUACUGCUUGUUACAGUUCUUCCAGCUACUGUAGAAGCAGUUCAGUCGACAUUCAACUACGUCCCAAUCGGACAAAAUCCCACACUCUACACUCCUGGUUUUGAACCCAUAAUGCAUCUCGACCAGAUGACAUUCAACGAUACAGUUUUCUCAGACCGCGCCUUUCUCGUGGAAUUCUAUGCUGACUGGUGUGGACAUUGCCGUGCUUUCGCUCCAUAUUUCCGCCAGUUCGCUAAUAUGGUCCGUGAUUGGUAUCCAGUCGUGACGGUAGCUGUCAUCAACUGCGCUGAUUCUUUCAAUCAAGCGGCAUGCCGGGAAAACGGUGUCACUUAUUUCCCCAUGAUGAAGUACUUCCCAAGAACAGCAACAACAGCGACUCAAGGAAAACUGUUUGAGACGCCACAUUCUGCUGAACAGAUACGAGACACUUUGCUACGCACAGUUAGCAACGAGUAUAUGUUCAACAGUUCCAGAUAUCCCGACUGGCCUAAUCUGGGACACAUAGCCGUCGACAGCCGUACUACCUAUGGGCAACUUUGGGAUGGAGUGCCCCCGAAAGCUAACUAUAUGGCAAUUCUAUUCGAAGAAUAUGAUGGGGUUGGUGCUCAAUUCGUUAUGGAUCUCAUUUCUCGGAAUCAUAUUCUCGGAGCCCGCCGUGCUCUUUCCAACUCACCACUCGUUCAAAUGUUAAAUAUUCGAAACUUCCCAACAGUGGCACUCUUCAGAAGAGAUCACCAACAAGCUCUAUACAUGCAAAGAUAUACCAAUCAAACAGUGAAAGAAAUUGAUGAUGCCAUCACUGGUGAUAUGAAACAAGGUGGAAGACAAGCACCAAUUUUAACAACUACAUAUGCUCCAACAACUACAACCACCCAAACACCACUCAUCGACUGUCACUCAUACCCAGACCGUUGUCGUGAUAUGUAUUAUGUUUCUGAAACCGACAUGCUUAAAGCAAUGCGAAUGGCUCUUCUUGAUGAAGUAACCCGUGUUCCAGGAUCUAUUCGAGGUGAUAACUUCACCAAUUUGCACGAAUUCAUGACUCUUUUAUCAAACCACUUCCCAGUUCUAUCUUUCCAAAAUGACAUCAGAAGAAUGCGCGCGAAAAGAACAACUUCUGUGAUUCUUCGUAAUUCUGAACGUGCUCGUCUUGUGUUCACCCACAUGCGUGAGUUCCUUGAAGGCCGAAAAGCAGUCGGAUCAGUAUCUGCCGAUGAGUAUCGUCGUCAGUUCGAAAGUGUUGAACGCGUCUAUGCCAGCCCAUUCCCUGUGAAUUCCACAUGGCAACACUGCAAGGGGUCAUCACCACAAUAUCGUGGAUACACGUGCGGACUCUGGACAACAUUCCAUGCUCUAACUGUUCAUACUUAUAUUGACACAAUUAAGGAUGACUUUGUGAAUCCAAUGAAACCAUUGAGCACAAUACAAGGAUGGGUGAAGAGCUUCUUUGGAUGUGAACACUGUCGUAAUCAUUUCAUGCAUAUGACAACGACACUAUUCCCAUUGAAUGAAAGACGAGUACGUCAUCCACACGAUAUGAUGACAUACUUAUGGAGAGCUCACAAUAUUGUCAACAAUCGACUUCAUGGGGAUACAACGGAAGAUCCACAAUUCACUAAAAUGCAGUUUCCGGCGCCGUUCUUGUGUCCAACAUGCCAUUCUGGAGGACAGUUUUCGAGACGGCAGAUCAGAAACUUCCUUCUUCGCUACUACGGAAGCAUCAAACCACACAACCGAUUGGCAGAUCAACGUCUCGCCCUCUGA